GGUUACCCGGACGCCCGACGCGUCCAGCUACCCGGUCGUUGCGGCUCUGCCGGCCGCCGCGCGCAAGCGGACGCGAGCGCGGCCGGCAAAAAACUGAAGCCAAAACCGCGUGUCGCGUCGGCGUCAUCCAUCACCCCUCACCCGUGCCCGCGCAGGCCCGUCGUCACACACCGUCUCUCGCCCGCCCGCCUAUCUCCACAGCCACGUCGGUUUCGCCGCCUUCGCCUCGUCUAACAAGUCGUCGUCGCCGUUCGCGUGUCCGUCCGGGGAAAGCAAAUUCACGCGCGCGCACCACCGCCCGGUCGAGAUCCGCCGAUGUCCAAGUCCGUCCCGGCCGACGCGCCGCCGAGCGUCGCGCCGGCACCGAAAGCGGCCGCCGUCGAUGGCGUCAGCGAGCAGCACGAGCCGGCCGGCGGCGGCGGGGUGAGGUCGAUGGUGGAGCGGUGGAAGAUGGAGGGCGCGCCGGCGCGGGCGCGGCUGCUACUCCGGGCCGCCGCGUGGCUCUUCUCCCUCCUCGCCCUCGUCGUCAUGGCGUCCAACCAGCACGGCGGCAGCCAGGACUUCCGCCAGUACCCCGAGUACAACUACUGCCUCGGCAUCUCGAUCGUGGCGUGGCUGUACGCCACGGCGCAGGUCCUGCGCGACGCCCACCGGCUCGGCUCCGGGCGAGACCUGAUCGGGACGAGGAAGGCGUCGGCCCUCCUCGACUUCGCCGGAGACCAGGUCGUCGCUUACUUCUUGAUAUCGGCCAUGUCCGCGGCGGCGCCGGUGACGGACUACAUGCGCCAGAAAGCGAACAACCUGUUCACGGACUCGGCGGCGGCGGCCAUCAGCAUGGCCUUCUUCGCCUUCGUGGCCAUCGGCCUCUCUGCUCUCGUCUCCGGGUACAGCCUUUCCAUGGAAGUCCUUGUGUAGCCUCCUGCGUGUACAAUUCUCACUCGUCUCCUCUGUGCCACAAUGUCACAUUACAUGAUUACAACAGCGUGCAUAUACACCUCCAAUUGUUUCGUGAUCGUUGAUUAAUAAAUCAGUAAACGAGCGUGUUAAUA